AAAACAUUGGGGUAUAUCGAUAAUUUUCCAAUUUCUAAUGUCUCAUUGUUUCAGCUUGAACACCUUCAUCAAUUUCUGCUUCUUAAUCUCCGAUCAUGGCUUUUUCCAUCUCUUUUCCGGCGAAUUCUGCUGGGAUUUGUAAUCUUCGUUCGGUUCCUCUAUUAAAUGUUCAUCGGUUGUGUCCUACUCGCUGCUCUCUGGAUACAGAUGUCUCCGAUAUGAGUACUAAUGGCAAUUGAAACAAGCAACAGGAUUGGACAAUCUUCUCUACACACCAGAUGCAGAUUUUUCUUGCUUUGCAGACCUUGCUCUGACAUCACCAGAAGAUUUCUAUAUUCCGGGACAAGGGUCAUUUCUCCAGUAGGGAUUAAGGAACCUUCUCGUUUGAAAUUGUGUUGAUGUACUAGUCGCAGCAGAAAUAUGAGCUCUGACAUCGUAAAGGUGUAAAAAUUCGCAUUUAAGGACGUUUCAAGAUAUAUUUUAUGGUUUUGGCCGAUAUGACAUCUUUAUCACCUUCAUUACAGCAAUCAUGGCCGUUACCACAUUGUUGAACUGUGUUACUAACGAUCCGUAUAAGUAUUCGUACACCAAACUUGCUAUCAUUCUGUGUUUCAACAUUUGGUUGUAUUUUUCUGUAUAUCCUCGCCAGGUUUUGACAUUAUUUCCAUCCGCACGAGGCCUGGAAGUCACUUGGUCAUCUGUCCUCAAAAUUGGGCAAUCCCUGUUCUGUGAAGGUCCUGGAAAAGACCCCUUUAGGCCUGAUCAAAAGACUCCUGUACAAAAUUUCUUUGUUGCUGGUUCAUACACAAAGCAGGUAAUUAAUGGUGCCUUUUCUAAUCAGAUACAUUUUCAUAAGAUCCGUACUGUUCCAACAUCUUAUGGCUCUCGACAUUUACUAAACUUAAUUCGAUUACUCUAUCUGGCUGGAUUCUUUGGUAGGAUUACAUCGAUAGUAUGGAAGACGCAACUCUGUCAGGCAGGCAAGCUUCGGCUUACAUAUGUGAUGCUGGAGAAGAGCUGGUUGCAUUAAGGGAUAAACUCCCAGCCAUUGAAUCUUUAGAACCUCCUCAGACCUCCUCUCAGUCAAGUUUUGUAUGAUUUUUGCAUAUCCUUGGUUUUUGCUCCCCUAAUUUUUUAACUCCAUACAUUGUUAACAUCUGCCUUCUGGUGAUAUCCCCUCAUCAUAUCAUAUACCCUCAAAAAGAAACUAAUGUUUUUCAAUUUGUUUGCUACGAUCUGGAUGGCAAAAAAUGGAAAUUGAUUUAAAUUAUUCACUACUAUAUAGAAUCCAACUGUAAGCACUAAGCACAGCUUCACUCUAGUAUUUUUCUGUGGAGUCUUCCUGAUGGUAGGUUGUCGACUUGUACCCUCAUCGAAACAAAAUCAGUCAGUUGCGAGUUCUUAUCGAUUGAUCUUUUAACCCUUUAGAUUCUAAAUUGAGGUCUUACAUGGAAGGAGAUUCUUUUAUUCAUUACAUUAAAAGCAUCAUUAAUACACUGAGUAGCGAGUACUAAUCAGUAAUCAAUAGUGUCAAAUCUACAACAUAUUCUAAUACUUAGCACACUACUAAAUAAAAUAAGAACAGCCUUAUGAGUCUACAGAUACACAUAUCAACACAUUACAGUCCUUUGAACUGAGAGCAACUAGUGCCAAAAUUAAGAAGAGAAGAUGUAACCCUUAACUUAGAGGACUCCAAAUCAAACUCUACCAAAUUAUCUUCCAUCUGCUUUCCUCCUAUCACCACUGAUGUCUUAACUGCUGAUCCACCAUCUUUAAAUGCAAGACAUCUCACAUCAUUUGACACUUUUAUCAUUGAAUUUGCCCCAUAAAUCCUCCAUUUACUAUUCCCAUCCAGAAUCAGAUCAAUGACCGGCACUUUAGGGCCAGUUUUCGAACCAACAAUAUUCUUUGAGCUAUAGCAUGCAGUAAACGAACUCACAGAAUCUACCUUGGUUAUAUUCAUAGCAGCUGCCUUGGCUGUGAACGUUGCAACAAGAGCAUUGUAUAUAUCGGUAUGAAGCACACUAUACA